AAAACUUCAUCAGCUAGCUUUCAAUCCGAGCUAAGCCAACCCCAUCAAUAUAUCUACGAUCAUUCAGCCUACCACCCAAAUGCUACAAUUCCAUCGUCUUCUCCUCUGUUUUCUCGUGGCCGCCGUUGCCACAUCCCAAACCCACCUCGAGAUGGUGGCGGAGGACCCGAGCGGCGGCUUGGCAGACGAUCCAAAGGUCCAAUACUGCGAGAGCUGGCGGCUGGCGGUGGAGACCAACAACGCCGGCGAGUGGAAGAAGGUGCCAUCUCGGUGCGUCGACGUGGUGGCGGACUACAUCAAAGGCCCGCAGUACCUGACAGAUUCCAAGAUGGUCGCCCGCCUAUCCCACGCCUAUGCCAAGACUGUCCAGCUCGCCGGCGAUGGCAAGGACGUCUGGAUCUUCGACGUCGACGAGACUUUGAUCUCUAAUUUCCUGCACUACACUCUCCAUGGAUAUGAGUCAAGAAUGUGUAAUGAAACGGCGUAUGAUCAAUGGGUGUAUACGGGGAAGGCGACGGCAUUGCCGUGGAGCUUGUGGCUCUACAGAAAGCUCCAAAGUCUUGGAUUUCAGUUGGUUCUCUUGACGGGUCGAAAGGAGCAUCAUCGCAACUCCACCGAGCAGAAUUUGAUGGCUGUUGGCUAUCGUUCAUGGAAAAAACUUAUCUUGAGGGAAUCUUUGGAUGCCACCAAGACAGCUAUGACGUAUAAAUCGGAGAAGCGAGCAGAGUUAGAGGCCGAAGGGUACACGAUUCACGGGAGCUCUGGAGACCAGUGGAGUGAUUUGCUGGGUCCACCAAUGGCCAAGCGAUCCUUUAAGUUACCAAACCCCAUGUACCAUAUUCCGUAGUCCCUGGCUCACCUUUCCCCUUGGGCGGAUAAAGCUUCUUGUACCAUGUGAGGCUUAUAAUUUAAAUAAGCAUCUAACUUAUUAUAUUACAAGAUUUUAUGAUGGGAUCUUAUUAAAACAAUGUGCAGCAUAGGUCAUGUACUGUGCCCU